AUGAAGUCUAUUGCACUUUCGGCUCUUACCACGGUGCUAGCCGCUCAUCUGGCAUCUGCUGCAUCCCCCCUGAUCGUCGACGGCAGCGACUUUGUCAAUUCCGUCACUGAGGAUCGCUUCGUCAUGGUGGGAUUGGCCUAUCAGCCUGCUGGGGCCAGUGGUUAUGACCCCAACUCCGGUGUCGACCCGCUCAGUGAUGCGGAUGCAUGUCUUCGCGAUGCCGCCGUGAUGCAGAAGCUCGGAGUCAACACCAUCCGCGUCUACAACAUCAACCCAGCCCUCAACCACGACGAAUGCGUCUCCAUCUUCAACGCCGUCGGCAUCUACCUCGCCCUCGACGUCAACUCGCCACUCAGCGGCGAAUCCCUCAACCGCGAUGACCCAGCCAGCAGCUACCACAGCGGCUAUCUCACGCGCAUCUUCUCCGUCGUCGAGGCCUUCAAGGACUACCCCAACCUCCUCGGCUUCUUCGCCGGCAACGAAGUCGUCAACAGCGUCAAAUCCGCCCAAACCGUGCCCCAAUACAUCCGCGCCAUCCAGCGCGACCUCAAGCAAUACAUCGCCGCGCACGCCUCCCGCACCAUCCCUGUCGGCUACUCCGCCGCCGACGACGACACCCGCCGCCCCAUGUGGGCCUACCUCACCUGCGGAGACGACGCCGACUCACGCGCCGACUUCUACGGACUCAACAGCUACCAGUGGUGCGGCGACAGCACCUGGGAGACGUCCGGCUACCAGGGCCUCGUCACCACCUUCUCCAACACCUCCGUGCCCCUCUUCUUCAGCGAGUUCGGCUGCAACACCGUGCGUCCGCGCCCAUUCAACGAGAUCGCGGCGCUCUACGGCGACCGCAUGAUCGACUCUUGGUCCGGCGGCCUCGUCUACGAGUACACGCAGGAGCCGUCCGACUACGGGCUCGUCGAGAUCUCGAGCGACGGCGACGCAACCCUACUCGAGGACUUUGACAACCUGCAGAAGCAGUACAACGGCAUCGACAUCACGCUCAUCACGUCGCGCUCGUCGCUGUCAGCCUCGGCGUCCCCACCAACGUGCUCAGACAAGUUCAUCCUCCAGGACCACGCCGCAAAGUUUAACACCAGCAUGGACAUCCCCGCGUGCCCCGAUGAGGACCUGCUCACGAACGGGGUGCAGAAUGCGAAUAAGGGCAAGAUUGUGGAGUUGACGGAGUUCACCACCCCGCAUAAGGUGUAUACGUCGGGCGGCGCGGAGGUUGCGAAUCUGACGAUUACGCCGCUGGCGGAUGAUCAGAGCAAUACGCCCAGUGGCGAGACCACCUCGGGGGCGGGGAAUAACACGGGUAAUGGGACUGCUGCGGCGGAUGAUGCGGAGGGUGUGGCUAGUUCCAGAAGUGUUGGCGCGGGUGCGCUUGCGGUGGCGGCGGUUGUAGCUGUUAUGGCGGCUUUUGUCUAG